UGUCCUGGGACCCACAAAUUCUCCCACCACGUCAUCUCUUACAACACACUCUCCCCAUCUAAAUAUCAACUCUCCAGUCUCCUCUCUUUACUCCAUCUCAACCCAAACCCGAAUCAACCAUGAAACCCGUAACAAUUCUCACUUGUCUUCUCUGUUUUCUCCUCUUAUCCUUCUUCCGCGCUACGGCGGACCAUGAAACUUCCACCCGCGGCAGCAGUAUUAUCUUUACUACCCUUGGCAAAUUAGAUUACGCCUUUGACAUCUUUACACUCCCGGCUUCGGAUCCGCCAUCAAUCGCCGAUGAGGUUCAAAUCACCGACGGUACGUAUCUGAAUUUCAACGGCCACUUCCCUUCAACUUCUCCCUCUCUCCUCUCUUUUCUUCUACGCGAUCAAACCUUAAUCCAACCUCCGGGCGGGCAUGAUUCAUCUCCUCUUCAGCUCAUCUACGUCACGGAAAGAAACGGAUCAUCAAACAUCUACUACGAUGCUGUUUAUUAUAGUGAUCCGAGGGACACCCGUUCAAGAACUGCCCUUGAGCUUCAAGUUGAAAUCACCGCUCGUGUGCAAGUACCUUUGUUGGAAAUUAAGCAGGGAAAAAGUGCAAUUUCGGUGAAAGAUAAACCGGCUUUGAGUGGUGAAAAUUUAAUCUACGUGUCGACCCAUGAGGACCCUGGUAAACCCAGGACGAGUUGGGCUGCGGUGUACUCGACCGAGUUGAGAACCGGGUUGACUAGGAGACUGACGCCGUAUGGAGUUGCCGAUUUUAGUCCGGCAGUAUCUCCAUCUGGGGUUUAUACGGCUGUGGCUUCGUAUGGAGAGAAAGGGUGGGAUGGUGAAGUUGAGAUGCUAACUACCGAUAUCUAUGUUUUUUUGACUCGGGAUGGGGCUCAGCGAGUCAAGGUUGUUGAAAACGGUGGGUGGCCGUGUUGGGUCGAUGAUUAUACUCUGUUUUUCCACAGAAGAAGCGAGAAAGAUAACUGGAUCAGUGUUUACAAAGCGAUUCUACCCAAAACGGGGUUGAUUUCAACCGGUUCAGUGACAAUUCGGCGGGUCACACCACCAGGUCUCCACGCUUUCACUCCAGCUACUUCACCAGGUAACAAAAAGUUCAUAGCGGUGGCUACAAGAAGACCCAACUCGGGCUAUCGCCACGUUGAGUUAUUUGACCUUCUCAAAAAAGAAUUUAUCGAGUUGACUCGUUUAAUUUCACCCAACACUCACCACCUUAACCCGUUUAUCUCACCUGACUCAACUCGAAUCGGGUACCAUAAGUGUAGGGGUGACAGAAAUAUAAAAGACAAGAGCACCCACUUGUUACUCGAGAAUCUCAAGAGUCCAUCGCCCGAUAUUUCGCUCUUUAGAAUUGACGGUUCGUUUCCGUCUUUCUCACCGAAAGGUGACCGAAUCGCGUACGUUGAUUUCCCAGGAGUAUAUGUAGUGAACCCAGAUGGUUCAAACCGGAGGCAGAUUUACCCAGAAACCGCUUUUUCAACCGCGUGGAACCCGGUUCAUGAAGGGCUUGUGUACACCAGCACAGGACCCGUUUUUGCUAGUGAGAGUACAGAAGUCGAUAUCGUUUCCAUCCACGUGGACGAUGUUGAUCAAGUUGGUGCCAAAAAGUUGACCACUGACGGCCAAAACAACGCAUUUCCAUCGGUUUCACCCGACGGUAAAUUGAUGGUGUUCAGAUCGGGUCGAACGGGUUACAAGAAUUUGUAUAUAAUGGAUGCAAUUGAGGGAGAGAAGGGUGGGCUACACAGAUUAACGGAAGGUCCAUGGACGGACACGAUGUGUAGUUGGUCACCGGCUGGUGAUUGGAUCGCGUUUGCAUCGGAUCGGGAGAACCCAGGUUCGGGGAGUUUCGAAUUGUAUUUGAUCCACCCUAAUGGGACCGGUUUAAGGAAAUUGGUUCAAAGCGGGUUGGGCGGGCGGACUAACCAUCCUACGUUUAGUCCGGAUGGGAAAAGUCUAGUGUUUACUUCAGAUUACGCAGGUAUUUCCGCCGAGCCAAUCUCAAACCCACAUCAUUAUCAGCCUUAUGGAGAGAUAUUCACGAUAAAAUUGGACGGCUCUGAUUUGAAGAGAUUAACGCACAAUUCAUUUGAGGAUGGGACCCCAGCGUGGGGGCCUCAAUAUAUAACGCCAGUUGACGUGGAGUGGGGCAAGAAGGAAGAAUGUGCGUUUGAGGAAUGCCACUGGCUGAAUAAAACGCCCAACCAAGGAGUAAAGUUGGCAUUUUUGAAGGCCAGUAAACCCCGGUGUGCUGGGUGAGCACAUAUCAUAUGUAAUUUAUAUAAUAUUGUAUUUUAUAUUUGCAAUAGUUUUUUUUUUAUUUAGAUGUUUUCUGUGUAUUAAGUUGUUACUUUUGAAACAAGCAGAAGAUGGUAGAUGGUAUAUUAUUGAUAAUGUAAGUAUAUAAUGUUUCAUAUAUAGCUUUGCCUUGUAAAUGCCCAAGAUUAUAAUAAAUAAAAAAAUAUCAAUACCCAUGAAGAUUUUCAUGA